UAUUGCUAACUACUGGGGUUCAUUGUUCAGUUUUCAUCCAGGUGCCCUUUCGGCACAGUUGGUUAAAUCACAAAGCGGGAAUACAAGCUAUUUGUCGACAGAUAAAUGAUAAAGUUCGAAUAGGCUUACUUUUACCGCAAAUCAACUCAUAUUACAAAACGUGUCCCGCAGCAGACUAUUUCCUAUUUCCCUGUUUACGUUGCCUUCAACCCCAUCGAGAUUCGUCCUCGUUCUCCAUAUUUUGUGGACCUUGAAUAUUAAGGUGAACAGCAUGUCCUCAAUGAGUGAACAAGAUUUCUGGCGUGUUUUGACACACAUUGCUGAAAAUAUGAAGACAGAUGAGGAAACUGGCAAACUAGGAUUGGAACUGGGAAUCCCACAAUACGAUAUCGAUGGCUCCAAGGUCGCAAACCGACACGGUAUAGUUUACGAAGGGACCUUUAAUAUGCUCAAAAAAUGGUCGAGGCUACAACAUCAGGAAACGAGCUUAAGGAUCUUAAGACAAGCCUUGGAGAGGGUCGGCAGGAUAGACCUAUGUGAAAGCAUGGACCGCGGUGAGAGUACUUCUUCAAUACCUGACGUUGCUGAAACAGAGUCAAGUGCGCUGAAAAACCACAGAGAGGAGCUGGAUAAACUCAAAGAUUAUCUGCAAAAUUAUAGACAGAUAGAAUGCAUAAACAACGAUAAGGCGAGGCCAGAAGUAGUUCAUAUUGGACUGUAUGGCGAAAAAGGUUCUGGAAAAUCGGCUUUAGCUAAUUCUCUUAAGUUUGCUUUCACUGGUACAUACGAUGAUUGCGCCAACGAGAUGCCAAUGCACCUCGAGGGAACAAGGUAUAAACAGCGCAUCCGCAUUACAGAGCAUAUACACAUCAUUGACAGUAGAGGAAUGAGAGACAUUGAUGUGAGGCAAAUAAGUGACGAUAUAAUACCCCAGAUUUGUGGCAAGCGUGGAGUCGAUUUUCACAACAGGGUUACAGGAGGAAUAGUGAUACACUGCCCUGUUUUUGUCUGGAAAUUUGCAAAGACAAGCUAUUGUCCCAAAGGUGCAAUGGCGGAGUUUAUUAUAAACCUUGACAGUGCCGUACUUGAUCACUACGGUCGACAUUUGAUGGUAGCGAUUAUUCAUGAGAAGGAACUGCAACCGCGUGAAGACUUCCCAGCUGUAAGCGCGCUUCUUCCGAAAGACCAUGUAUGGAUGUUUGAAAACUACACUCUGGAUAACCACGAACAUAAUGACGAAAAAAGUAUUGCUAUUCUCAAAUUCCUCAAGAAAUGCGUGAACGUGGGAGAAAGGAAUAUUGACUUUGAAAUGGAGAUACGUGUCGAAAAGUAACGCUGUUAGGUCGAAUGUUGAGUUGGUACUACUCAUAAUCAGAUGCAUUUCCAUGAAUAUUACUUUUUUUCUUUUAAGGAGUGGUGUAGGCAAAUGCCACUUGGAUAAGUGACUGUUUUCAAAGGCAGGAUAUUCUACUGACAUGACUUCAGAUUUACGUAUACUGCCAUCUGCUGUACAUGAUACAUGAGUACAAAGUUUAUAAUACUGAAU